AUGGGAAGCGCAGUUUCUCAGGUCUCCCAAACAUCAGUCCCAGCAAAGAGGAAGAGGCCUAAACAGCGCAAGAAGAAAGAUCUUCAAAAAACAUUAGAGGGUAUUUAUGGGGACGUUCUGACGAAAGAAGAAAUCACUCAAUACUUUAAUUUAUAUUCAUCACCGAAAUUAAUUGAGGAAUGUUUUUUUGAUUUUGAGACUUUGUAUGAAAAAUUGCUCGACGAGAAUGGGGAAGUCCGGAAAUUGAAAGUUAAUCUUGCAGUCAUCAAUAUUCAAAAGUGGACUGAGAGCAAGCUCAAAACAAUGGUGGUUUCUAACAUUUUGAGGGUGAAAGAGCGAGAUACACUUGGAUUUGGUCUAGUUCAUGUGGCCGUGUUAUUGGGACAACAUAUUGUUCAUUGGUUCGAUGAUGGCCUUGUACAUUUAACGCCCAUCAAGUCAGGACAUCCCAACGUGGCUGUUGAAAUUGGAGAAUUGGACAUUGAGGAGAAGAAAGAUCAAGAAAAAAUCAAACAAUUUUGUUAUGUGAUUUCAGAGUACAACACAAAAAUGGUGUACAAUAAUAGAAGUUGUAACUGUCAUCACUUUGUUAGAGAUAGCAUUAGUGCACUGGAAUUGGAUUUCUCAUCAAUAAUGAGAGGUCAGUUAGGAUCCUAUUUGCGGCGGGUCAGAAAUGGAAAGCUCGUCAAUGAAAAAGAAUUCAACAAUCCCAUAACCAAUGAGAAGGUUGUCUUCACCUCGCACAGACAUCUCGAUGAAUAUGUGUUUCGCCUUUUAUCAGAAAACCCAAAUUUCAAAGAGGAACAUCCUUACGAUUACAUGCUUUUGAAAGCUUUCGAUCGAGGUUUUUGGAUGGGUCAUUUGCGAGAUCGACAUGAAAAUGCAAAGACGGCAAACGAGGAUGCCACCCCUGUUUGGAACGAAGUGUUUCUUCCUCUCUUUCGGAUUGACCCAACGAUGCAUUUACAUGGAGGUAAUGACAAAAUGAUGGUAGAGUUUGAAUUGGAGGAAAUAGAGAAGGAUCUCACAAAGCAAGAUCAUUACCACUCAGUUGUAGCUUGCCCAUUUGGAGAUCCUGCACGCACUGGUUGCUUUUUACCCUUUGAUUAA